AUGUCAAAAUUACCAACAAUUAAACGUAAAGAUAUUGAAGUUUUGCAAGAUAUUAAAAAUGAUCUUUCUAUGAAUGAUGAGUUAGAUUUCAAAAAACGUCGUAUUUUUGGAAAAAAUUUACAUAAUAAAGAAGACAAAGACUAUAAAAAAGCAUUGAAAUGUUCUAAGAUUCCAAAGUUUUUUGAAAAAGAUUUGGAAUGUAUUACACAUAGACUUUUAGAAAAUGAGCAGGGAAAACAUAAUGAAAAUCAAAAAUGGGAACGACCCGUGCUACCUCCAAUUGAUCCAAUUAAUGAUGAUAUAUAUUUUCAACAAAUUGAAAUUGAUGACACUAUGAGUGUCUCUGGGCCUACUAUUCGUCUUUAUGGUGUCACUGAGGUUAAAAAUAGUGUUUUAUGCAUUGUAACUGGUUUCUUUCCAUAUUUUUAUGUUCCGUCUCCACAUAGUUUUUCUGAAGAGCAUAUAAGUUCUUUUAAAAUAGCAUUAGAGAAUACUAUUAAUUCUGGAAAUAGAGUUGUAAAUAAUAUUGAAUUAGUUACAAGACAGUCCAUAUACGGAUUUCAAGGGGACGAAAAGUCAUUAUUUAUAAAAAUUAUUGUUAAUGAUCCAAAGUAUAUUGCUAGAAUUCGUAGCUCGUUUGAACGAGGUGAUAUUAAUUUUGAUAAUAUGUUUCCGCCUCAAUAUAUAACAUUUGAAAGCAAUAUUCCCUAUGUUCUGCGUUUUAUGAUUGAUGCAUCUAUAACUGGAAUGUGUUGGAUUAGACUUCCAAAAACUAAAUAUUCAAUUAUAAAUGAAAAAACUUCUAAUUGCCAAUUAGAAGUAUCUAUUAGCUGGGAAAAUCUAGAUAGUCUCCAACCUGAAGGAAAUUGGCAAAAAAUAGCACCUUUACGUAUUUUAAGUUUUGAUAUCGAAUGUGCAGGAAGAAAAGGCAUUUUUCCUGAACCAGAAAUAGAUCCUGUUAUUCAGAUAGCUAAUACCGUCACAUUGUAUGGGGAAAAAAUUCCUUUUAUAAGAAAUGUUUUUACUAUAGAUACAUGUGCUCAAAUUUCUGGAACUCAGAUAUUGAGUUAUGUAGAUCAAAAAGAAUUAUUGUUAUCGUGGAGUAAGUUUGUCCAAAAGGCUGAUCCAGAUGUUAUUAUUGGAUAUAAUAUUGCAAAUUUUGAUAUACCUUAUCUUAUUGAUAGAGCAAAACAUCUUAAAAUAAAUAAUUUUCCAUACUUUGGAAGGAUUAUUAGACAAAAGUGUGAAGUUAGCAAUGCGUCGUUUUCUUCUAAAGCAUAUGGGACUAGGGAAAGUAAAUCAACAGAUAUAAGUGGAAGACUACAACUAGAUAUGCUUCAAAUUAUGCAAAGGGAUUAUAGAUUAAGAUCAUAUACUCUUAAUGCAGUCUCUGCACAAUUCUUAAAUGAGCAGAAAGAGGAUGUGCAUCAUUCUAUUAUUACAGAUUUACAAAAUGGAACAUCAGAAUCAAGACGGCGACUUGCUGUUUAUUGUUUGAAAGAUGCACAUCUUCCACAACGUUUAAUGGAUAAAUUAAUGUCUUUAGUUAAUUAUAUAGAAAUGUCCAGGGUUACUGGUGUUCCAUUUAGCUAUCUACUUUCUAGAGGUCAACAAAUUAAAAUUAUUAGCCAGCUUUCCCGCAAAGCUCGUGAAGAAGGCUUUAUUAUUCCUAAUAUUAGAUCAGAUGGAAGUGAUGAACAAUACGAGGGUGCUACUGUUAUUGAACCAAAAAAGGGAUAUUAUAAUGUUCCUAUUGUUACUUUGGAUUUCAGUUCUUUAUAUCCAUCAAUUAUGCAGGCACAUAAUUUAUGUUAUACUACACUUCUUAAUUAUAAACAAAUUGAAACUUUAGGCUUUGAAAAAGACAAAGAUUAUUGUGUUACUCCAGAGAAUUAUUGUUUUGUUAAAUCACAUAUUCGUAAAGGCCUUCUUCCGCAAAUUUUUGAAAAUCUUUUAGCAGCUAGACAAAAAGUUAAAAUAGAUUUAAAGAAUGAAACUGAUCCAUUCAAAAAAGCUGUUCUUGAUGGGAGACAAUUAGCUUUAAAGAUAUCAGCAAACUCUGUUUAUGGAUUUACUGGUGCAACUAAUGGAAAGUUACCUUGUUUACCUAUUUCAUCUAGUGUAACAUCUUAUGGGCGUCAAAUGAUUGAAAGAGCAAAAGAAGAAAUAGAAUUAAAAUAUACUAUAGAAAAUGGAUAUAGUCAUAAAGCUUAUGUUAUAUAUGGUGAUACUGAUUCUGUUAUGAUAAAUUUUGGUGUAAAAGAUAUUUCAGAAUCUAUGAAGCUUGGAUAUGAAGCAGCAGACUAUGUAACGAAUAAGCUUAUUAAACCUAUUAAAUUAGAAUUUGAGAAAGUUUAUUUUCCUUAUUUACUUAUUUCUAAAAAAAGAUAUGCUGGAUUAUUUUGGACAAAGCCUGAAACAUUUGAUAAAAUUGAUUCAAAAGGAAUAGAGACUAUACGAAGAGAUAAUUGUCGUUUAGUUUCCACUGUAAUAGAAACAAUUCUUCGAAAAUUAUUAAUAGAUCAAGAUGUUGAUGGAGCUCAAAACUACGUAAAAAGAGUUAUUUCUGACUUACUUCAAAAUAAAAUUGAUAUGUCGAAUUUGGUUAUAACAAAAACUUUAACAAAAUCAGAUUACAUAAGUAAACAAGCUCACGUGGAAUUGGCUGAAAGAAUAAGAAAACGUGAUUCUGGUCUGGCACCAACACUUGGAGAUCGUGUAGCGUAUAUAAUUGUCAAAGGAGCUAAAGGUGAUCAAACUUUUUUACGCUCAGAAGACCCUAUUUAUGUUUUGGAAAAUAAUAUUCCUAUUGAUACUAAGUACUAUCUCGAUAACCAAUUAUCAAAACCGCUUUUAAGAAUCUUUGAACCUAUUUUGGGUGAAAAAGCAAAUUCUCUUCUUUCUGGAGAUCAUACUAGAACAAUUUCUAUGACAUCGCCUGCAAUUGGUGGGCUAAUGAAAUUUACGGUUAAAACUGCAACAUGUAUAGGAUGCAAAAUUCCACUAAAGAAUGGUUAUAAUGGAGCAGUGUGUAAUCAUUGUAUAGGAAGAACAGCUGAAUUAUACCAAAAACAGCUUAAUAUAGUUAGCGAUUUGGAAAUUCAUUUUGCUAAACUUUGGACACAGUGUCAACGAUGCCAAAGUAGUUUACAUCAAGAUGUACUUUGUACAUCAAAAGAUUGUCCUAUAUUUUAUAUGCGUAAAAAAGUUCAAAAAGAUAUGAAAGAAAAUAUAGAAACUUUAGAGAGAUUUAAUGAAUCUUGGUAA